CCUCGCUAAAAGAGUCCGGAAAACGGAAGUAACGCAGCGCUGUUUGGGAAUGGCGGCGGAGGCAGCGGUGGCCGCCGCGGGAGCCGAACUGAUUCAGCUGAACGUGGGCGGCCGAAGGUUCAGUACGUCCCGCCAGACCCUCACCUGGAUCCCGGAUUCCUUUUUCUCCAGCCUUCUCAGUGGCCGGAUCUCUACCUUGAAGGAUGAAACAGGCGCCAUCUUCAUUGACCGAGAUCCUGAAGUCUUCGCCCCUAUCCUAAACUUUCUCCGGACCAAAGAACUUGACAUCAGGAGGACCAACAUUUCCUUGCUGUUGCAUGAAGCACAGUUCUAUGGGAUCACACCACUAGUACGUCGCCUGCAGCUGCAUGAGGAGCUGGAACGAUCGUCCUGUGGGAGUGUUCUUUUCAAUGGCUACUUGCCCCCACCAGUGUUCCCUGCCAAACGGUGGAACCGCCACAGUGUCACAGGGGCACAAUUGGCUGUCAGGUCAGGGACCCUCGUGGAGCGGGCCCUUGUGCGCCGGAGCAACACUAUGCCCCCCAACCUUGGGAAUGCUGGGCUUCUGGGGCGGCUGCUGGAGGAGAGGAGUUCUGGUCCAGGAGCUGCAAAUGACCCAGGCAUGGUGCGUCUUGUGUGUGGGCACCACAAUUGGAUAGCAGUGGCCUAUGCUCAGUUCCUCGUCUGUUACAGGAUGAAAGAGACCUCUGGUUGGCAGCUGGCAUUCUGCAGUCCCCGGCUGGACUGGGUCAUUGAACGGGUGGCACUGAAUGCACGGGUGCUUGGCGGUUCCUUGGGUGACAGUGACAAGAUGGUGGCUGCUGCUUCCUGCAGCGAGAUCCUCCUGUGGGCUCUCCAGUCUGAUGGAAAUGGCAAUGAGAUUGGUGUGUUCCACUUGGGAGUUCCUGUAGAAGGCCUGUUCUUUGUGGGCAGCCAGCUCAUUGCCACCAGCCACACGGGCAAGAUUGGUGUCUGGAAUGCUGUCACCAAACACUGGCAGACUCAGGAGAUGGUCCCAAUCAACAGCUAUGAUGCUGCUGGUUCCUUCUUGCUCCUGGGAUGCAACAAUGGCUCUAUCUACUAUGUAGAUGUACAGAAGUUUCCACUGCGCAUGAAGGAUAAUGAUCUUCUCGUGACAGAGCUGUACCGUGAUCCCUCUGAAGAUGCCAUCACUGCACUUAGCGUGUAUCUCACACCGAAAUGCAGUGACAGCGGAAAUUGGAUUGAGAUUGCCUAUGGCACCAGCUCAGGGAUGGUGCGGGUGAUUGUCAAACACCCGGAGACUGUGGGGUCAGGGCCCCAGCUCUUCCAGACCUUUGCUGUCCACCGCAGCCCUGUCACCAAGGUGAUGCUUUCAGAAAGGCACCUCAUCUCAGUCUGUGCUGACAACAAUCAUGUCCGUACCUGGACAGUGACCCGGUUCCGUGGGAUGAUUUCCACCCAACCUGGCUCCACCCCACUGGCCUCCUUCAAGAUCUUAGCCCUGGAGUCCAUGGAUGGACAUGGGGGCUGCAGCGCUGGCACAGACAUUGGUCCGUUUGGUGAACGGGAUGACCAGCAAGUGUUCCUCCAGAAGGUGGUGCCAGAUGCUAGCAAGCUGUAUGUACGACUCUCCUCUACAGGGAAGAGGGUCUGUGAAGUGUGCUCCGUGGAUGGCUCUCCCAUCACAGCCUUCAUGGUGCAGGAGUGUGAGGGCUCCAGCCGCAUUGGAUCCCGCCCACGCCGCUACCUCUUCACUGGCCACAGCAAUGGCAGCGUCCAGAUGUGGGACCUCACCACUGCCAUGGAGAUGGUAGACCAAGUGCCAGAUACAGGUGGCCUCUCAGAGGAGGAGCUUCUGCAGGAGCUGAAACAGUGUGACUUGGCACUCACCCACCCCCUCGAGAUGAGCCCAGCUGGAUCUUUCACCCCCACACAUCUUCCCUUGGCUGCCAGUGCCAGCAGCCUUCAAUUCCAAAGUGUUGAUGGAGCUCGGGAGAAACCAGUCAGGGCCUCCCCAGCCCUCUCCUGCCGCUUGAGCCGUGAGCCCCUGACUCAGCCUGACUUGCAGCAACGAGGAAGCCUCGACAGGAGACGUCAGGGUGGGAGCUUCAUCGAACGGUGUCAGGAACUUGCCCGUUGUUCUUCCUCCUCCGCCGAGUUUGCUCAGCCAGAAAGCCUGUGGGGCAACCGCUCUAGGGAACUGGGGACCAGACCCAGACAUGGGCGGCUCAGUGCCAGUCCUGCAGUCCAAAGAACCCCCAACCCAAGCCAGGCCUCCACAGAACCUCCAAGCCUCCCGCUGGCUCCGUCCCGACAGCGACUCAGUGAAACCUCUUUCUGACCCCCUUUGUGCCUGGUGAAGGGGAUGGUGGCACCAGCAGCAGCUGUUUCCAAGGAGGCCUUAUAGAAGGUUCACAUCUUGUUUGUUUACCAAGUGGGAUGAACUUGGGUCUGGGCGCAGAUUUGGGCUGUUUCUGUCUGAACCAGUGCCCUCCAUUAGUGUGGCUUGUGUUCUGUGCUAUACACAAGAGUGCAAGGCUUAGCACAGGGCCAUGGAACAAGUCCAGAAGGGUGGGGGCAAGAAGAUUUGCCCCCUUGCCUUCACCAAAGAUGUGCUCCCUCCUCCUGUCACCUUUCUUUGUUCCAUGAAUCCCAGCCCUCCUCAAGGAACUUCCAAGCUUUUCAGCAUGUUAGUCUCCAAGGGCGCUGGGUGUCCUUCUCCUCUGUGAUGGAGUUUGCACAUGUGCAGGUAGCCAUAAGGAGGCCUGCACCAGCACUCGAAGGUGGUGAGUUGCUAAGAAGUUCUGUCUGGAACAUUCCUGGAAGUUUGCUGCCCCUCUCUUCCUCAUUUCUGAAAAGCCAAAGCUGUUUGCUAUGAGCAAUAAUACUGUGUGGUCUUUGCUGCACUGAAGUAUUGUGUGUUGUUUUUUUACAUAUAUCUAUGUAUAGCUAUAUAUAUUUCAUUUUGUACCAGUCUGAGACUGGUAAUAAUUAAAAGGUGAAAGGUG